AUGCUCCAACUAUGGGCACACUGUGUCUUGUUCUUAUUACUUUGGAAGGCUGAUGCCGAGGUGCAGGAGCUGAGGUUUGUCUCGUCUAGAGAUUUGGGUCUGGUUCGUAGGGAUGGGAAAACGUCCGAUCGACAUUUAAAGGAUGCUGUAAGCACUUUCUUCAAAUCCCCGGCUGGGCAAAACGAAUCUUCGGUUCUGGUCAAUGUCACACUGGGAACUGGGGAAAAUGUGAAGGUCCUUGCCAUGGAUCACUUCGAGAUUGAUAUAGAGAAAAAGACUUGCGGUGAUGGGAAGUUAUCUUUGACCUUCAGAGACGAGGAGACGUACGAAGAUGCGGUAGAUGACUGGGAGUGGGUCAAUAAGAAUACCGUCCGAAACUUCGCAAUGCUUGUUAGUGGAUGCCCAGAACCAGAUUCGGAUCUACAGAAAUGGCUCAUAUCUAAUACCACCUUCGACCGCGCUCAUCUUACGGUCGAUUUCAAUGCCCAGGAGAUGACAUGGCAUGAUAUGCCUCUCAAUUACACACUUCAGUGGGGCACGAUGUCUCAAGAUGCACCAAGAAAUAGUAUACCCGCCAACGAACAAGCCACUCAGGCACGAGUACCGCGCGGCCUUUUUGGGUUUGGGAAGAUUUUCCCUCGUAUUUUUGGUCUUGAUAUUGAUAACCCUUUGGAAGAUGUCGGUUCUCUUGUUAACGAUGUCGUCGCACCCGCAACGUCUGCAAUCGUUAACAAUGUAGUUGCACCAGUAACAUCCGCGAUUGCUCCUAUAAUAACGCCGAUUAUUGAUACCUUGAGCGGAAAAGCUAUGGAAGAGUCCUUUCAGAUUCCCAUGAGGGUCCCGUUUCCAGAAGAGCUUAUUAAAAAAGAAACAACUGACGGCUUCGAGUUUGGCGCCAGCUGCAAGGAUUGCGGCUUGAAGGGCGAACUCAAGGUUUCUGGUCAUUUGAUGAUGGACAUGUCCAAGGAAAAUCCUAUUCAAGAAUUUUGGCUGGAUGUGUCUCCGGGAGGGUUGGAAAUGAAAGCUGCAUUUGCUAUUGAUGUUGGGGGGACUCUUGCUGGCAAAACCCCAUUCGAGAAGAUGGUUGCGCUACCAGAAAUAACGAUUCCAGCAUUUGGGAUAAAAGGUCUUGCGUCUAUAAAUCCUAGCAUCGCUCCGAAGGUUAUCGUUUCAGCGGCGGAUAUCCAAGGUGCAGGUAGUAUUAGUGCUGGCAUCUCAGCAAAAUUUAAAGACGACGCAAAGGCGAGGCUUGCCCUGAAUACAAAUACUCCUGGCUCAGACGACCCAACAAACUGGGAGCCUGACGUCUCGCAAGAAAAGCUUACUGUUGACAGUCAGAUCGAGGGAUUGAUAUCACUUUCUAUGGAGGUUGACGUAGUCAUACAAGCAACUCUGCUGAAGCCUCCUUUCAACGUUCCAGUACUAAGUGCUGGGCUCAAGAAAAUUGGAAUGGAAGUCGGGGUUGGAUUCAGUUUCAAAGUUCCAAUUGUCAACUACAGUGCCACAUCAAUGAUGAAUUACGAUGGAGCAUGUGGUAAUGUUGAGCUUCCAUACGGAACAGAACUCACAGGAGAUGUCUCUGUUGAGAUCGGGGCCAAAGCGUAUAACAUUAUUCUUAAUAAGCCGGAGAAUGAGUUCUGGACAAAGGAUAUAUUUAAGAAGAAAGUGAAGGAACUUCCUAAGAUGUGUAAAGAUUUUAAGGCAGGGCCAUCCCCACCAUUUAGCAUGACAACCCUUGGUUCGGAUCCUACGACGACCGAGGAAACUACAGUCCCGGAAAGUACAGGAGUAGAGGAAGACGCCACGGAGCCAGCUCAAACAGAAGAAUCCUCGGCCUCUGUGACUGGUGAAACGCGACCGGAAACAACUAAUACAGAAGACCCCGAUGAAGACACAUCGACCGAAACGGACCCUGGUGAUGGCAAGAGUGAAGACCCUAUUGAAGAUACAGAAGACCUCGAUGAAGACACAUCGACCGAAACGGGCUCUGGUGAUGGUGAGAACGAGCAAGCGUCGCAGCCCGAUUCUACGGGCGAACCACUCUCAGAAACUGCAGCCACCGACGAAUCAAUACCCGAGGAAACGAUUGAGUCAAACGGAGCAGGUGGUUCUGAACCCGAGGAAGUCGACGAAGCAGCUGAACCGGAGGACGCAGCUGAACCUGACGAAGCAGCUAAUUUAUAG